GAGAGAGAGAGAGAGGAAGACUUUUUAGAGAGAGAGAGAUAGAGAAAGGAGAAGAAGAAGGAAGAGAGAAGAAAAGAAAAAGAGGGUGAGGUUGAGCUGGUUCUGUCUGAUCUUCUUGUUGGUUGCUAGAAUUGGAAGCUUUUUAUUUUUUUUUCUGCUUAAAGUCAGAAAAUCUCUCUCUAGAUUCCACGUCCUUUUUUUUUCCUUUCUGUUUGGUUCUCGGGAAAAUUCGCAAGCUCGUGAGGUUCCAGCUUCUCUGAUCCGUCUGGAUUUGAGGGUUUCAGUUGCUUCAUUUGCAGGAAUUUUACCAGAAAGCCUUGAUCUUCUAUGUUGGUCAGCGAUUUUUGCAAGAGUCUUAAGUUGGGAAAUAAUGGGUCUUUGAUCAUGUCAAGGAUUUCAAGUUAGUAUUUUGAAUUUUCAGCUUCCUAGUGCAUAAUGGUCUCUGAUUAUCUAUUGAAGUAAAGUAGAAUACUGUUUAUGCAAUUUUACUGAAGAUAUAAUCAUAAUUAGCGUCCGGGGCAAUUUUUGCUGUGGAGUAAAUGUCGUUUCGCAGUAUAGUCCGCGAUGUUAGGGAUGGGUUCGGAAGCCUAUCUAGGCGGAGUUUUGAAGUGAGGCUUCCCGGCCAUAGUAGGGGGAAAUCACAUGGCUCCGUCCAUGAGUUACACGAGCAGCCUCUGGUGAUCCAGAAUAGCCGAUGGGCGGGUCUGCCACCUGAACUUUUGCGUGAUGUGAUUAAAAGAUUAGAGGCAAGUGAGAGUACAUGGCCUGCACGGAAGCAUGUUGUUGCUUGCGCUGCUGUUUGCAGGUCAUGGAGGGAAAUUUGCAAAGAAAUUGUUAAAAGUCCUGAAUUCUCUGGCAAAAUUACCUUCCCAGUCUCUCUAAAGCAGCCGGGGCCUCGGGACGGAACCAUACAGUGUUUUAUAAAGAGGGACAAGUCGAAUUUAACUUACCACCUUUUUCUUUGCCUUAGUCCUGCGCUGCUUGUUGAAAAUGGGAAAUUUCUUCUUUCUGCUAAGCGAACACGGAGAACAACCUGCACAGAGUACGUGAUCUCCAUGGAUGCAGAUAACAUAUCACGAUCAAGCAGCACUUACAUUGGAAAACUCAGGUCUAACUUUCUAGGAACCAAGUUCAUAAUUUAUGAUACUCAGCCUCCCUACAAUAUUGCUCAGCUGUCACCACCUGGCAGAAGCCGUAGAUUCUACUCGAAAAAAGUUUCUCCAAAGGUCCCAACAGGCAGCUACAAUAUUGCCCAGGUGACAUAUGAGUUAAAUGUACUAGGCACUAGGGGUCCACGCAGAAUGCAUUGCGUCAUGCACUCGAUCCCUGGCUCAUGCCUUGAGCCUGGUGGUGCUGUUCCUGGCCAGCCUGAGCUUGUUCCUCGUUCCCUUGAGGAUUCUUUCCGGAGUAUUUCUUUCUCGAAGUCGAUUGAUAAUUCAACAGAGUUCAGCAGUGCUCGGUUCUCAGAUAUCAUUGGUCCCCGUGAUGAAGAGGAUGAGGGCAAGGAGAGACCACUGGUCCUGCGGAAUAAAGCUCCAAGGUGGCAUGAACAGUUGCAGUGUUGGUGUCUUAACUUCCGUGGAAGAGUGACAGUGGCCUCUGUAAAAAACUUCCAGCUAAUUGCCGCAACGCAGGCUGCUGCUGGUGCACCGACGCCAUCGCAGCCAGCCCAAUCUGACCAUGACAAGAUAAUUCUUCAGUUUGGCAAGGUAGGGAAGGAUAUGUUUACUAUGGACUACCGGUAUCCGUUGUCGGCAUUUCAGGCGUUUGCCAUCUGUUUGAGCAGCUUCGACACCAAAUUGGCAUGUGAAUAGCAGAGAGAAAAAAAAAAAUUUGAAAAGCGAUUGUGGUAAGAAAUAGAAAAGAAAAAAAUAGCUGGCAGUGUUUCUUUUCUAGGUCUUUAUAUAAAAUGUUGUUGUUGUUGUAUGGAAGCCAUGGUAGACUGGAACUCCUUGCUAAGAGACCGGAGAAGUGCAGAAACAAUAUCAGUGCACAAUAGGCAGGAGUCCUCUUUAAUUUGUAUCUUUUGUUUUAGUUUGCUUCAAUUGAUUCCCUCGUUUGUGUUCUUUUUGUUUUAACUUGUGUUGUUAUAUCAUAUGCUUCGGAAAGAAUUAGAUUAGACUUGAAAGGGUCCUGUUUGGUAGGCUCAAUAUGUGGCUUUUGUCUUUUUAACUUUCUAUCUGUUUACGCUGCAACUUUUAAAGAAAUUCUGUAAUCGCGCUGCAACUCUGUUGUUGGAAUCUUAAGCAGAAUGUUAUGGUUCCUUUUUCUUUAUU